AUGCUUUAAAAAAAACUUAAUCUAAUGGGCUUAGUAAAUGAUGAUUUAUUUGAAUAUUCUAAAAUUUUUAAUUUAGAAGAAAGGAAAAGAAAAUAUGAAAAUGUUAUAAAACAUACAGGAGAUUAGAGAAUUUUGGUUGUAUUAGAAAAGCAUAAAAAAGCUUCAAUUAAAAAUUAAAAUUUAAAAUAAGCUCAAUAUUAAUUGUAAUAGAUAUACAUAAUAAUAGAUUUGCAAUAAAUAAAAGCAAGACUUUGGUUGAAUUUAUGGAAUAUGUUAAGUAAAAUGCAGGAAUCGAUGUUUCAACAAGUAUAUUUUUGUAUUGCAAUAAUUAAAUAUUAAUGAUGAAAGGUAUAAAAUUUUAAAUAUUUUGUAAGCUGAAAUGACAGUUGGAAACAUAUAUGAUUAAUUUAAAAAUAAAGAAGAUUAGCAUUUAUAUAUAAAAUAUGCUAAUUUUGAAACAUUUGGUUGA